AUGCCCUCUUUAUCUAUCUCGGAUCAACAAAAGAACCAUGCUCGACUCAACCAUCGGAAAUUAGAUUUGACUGGAGAAAUGAUAUUUGGCACAGCACCUCUUGCGUAUAAAGGCAUGAAUACAAAGAUACACUAUUAUAAACGAGAAAAAAAUCCACAGAUUAUUGUAUCCAAACUUUUUACUCUGAAUAAUAUCUACCAGCAGCAACACACAGACGCAUCUCGACGUAGAUCAUUUUCCUCUGUAAAUAGCGAUCGCUCGACUGCAUCAUUUAUUGCCAAUUCUUCUUUGUGUGAAGACAAUGUAUCUGAGCAGUCAAGUGAUGAUGAUCAUUUUUCUGUUUCAUCAUCUAUUUAUCCUCCUGUGCUAGGCCUUCAUCAAUCAACAAAGCGUACAAGAAGAUUUAGUCAAACAAACAUGGAAAAUGGGUCCUUCAGUCCUACACCUUUACCUACUCCUAGAUUAUCAAACUUAGAAAGCUUUGCUAUUGCUAUUAUCAUCACAUUAGAAGACAAGAAUGAGACACUUUAUGAUUUUAUAUUUUCGCAUUUUGCUUUGAUUGAAAAUCGAUUGCAUCAGUUACAAGCAGUAGCAUUCAAACAACUUUAUCAAUACUUCAAAUCGCAUCCUCCUCCUCCUCCUCAGCAACUACAACCUAGAAAACGAUCCAGUAACAUGUUUCUCGCUUCAAAUACAUUCCAGAAUGAUUCUGUCCUUAUUGAUGCCGUCAAUCAGUUUAAGAAAUCAUUUUUCGAUCUCUAUACGACACCUCGGAUUCAGGAACCAUUAUGGCUAAAUAUGACAACAUUUCCUCAUAAAAAAUCUGAAUACGAUGCUAAUCUGAUUAAGGAGCUCAUGUUUCUAAUUCAGCAAUUUAAUAACAAGGCACAUAACUACUUUAUAUCGACCUUAUUGACGGGUGUUUUAAUGCAUCAUCUUUCUUGGGUACAUACUGUUGUACCUCCCGAAACAGAAAAUAAGAUUGGGUGUCACCAUGGAAACUAUGAUCCCUUAUGGGCACAACUAAGUGAUCUGUAUGGAUUCAUAGGUACACCAUCAAGAGUCACAAGAACGAUUGUUGUUGGAUUAAGGCCGAGCAUUGUACGAAGAAUUUUGUACAUCCUAUCGUAUUUUAUCAGAUGCAAUGAAGUAUUCGAAAAUACUGAGACUAGAACCAAAACAAAAAGAGAUAAGUCUAUUUUUAGCCGAGAAUUGGAUGAUACUAAUAAUGAACACAAGUUUGAAGACAAAAUUGUCAGGCAUUUGACAGGCGAUGUGGAAUCAAUUGCGAUACCACCAGGAAAUGGACACCAUAUCUAUCCAUCCUCAUCUAUUGACUCAUUAUCAAACUCACUUAAAAGCUCAUCCAAAUGGCUAAGCGACACAGACGAAAGAUCAUGGUCACCCGAUCCUACUGUCAUGUCGUCUUCCCCUUCAUCCAUAGGUGGCGAUAUGCCACUCCCUUUGUUAUCCCCGUCCGAGUGCUUCCAUGUCCCUAUGCCAAAAUCAACAAUCACACACAUGGAACCUGAUAUCACGCAUUAUCAACAACGCGCUAAUUCAGACACCAUUAUACCCAGUCAUAUCAAGACGGAUCGAUUGUUUGCUAAAUCAUAUGGUCGUUCGCUGAUGGGUUCUUACUCUGAUACAUAUAAAUCUGAUUUCGUCCUUUUAGGCAUUCCUACAUUACCACCUACGACUAUAUUGGAUGCUGAUCUACGUAGUACAUUGGAUCAAUUUACACUUUCAGAUUCUGUGAAUGAGGCUUCUUGUUUAGUGAUUGAUGCGAAUAAUUUGUAA